AUGCAUGUCUCAAAAAUGACGCUUCGUGAUUUCGUUAUUUUGCAGGUUCUUGGAAUCGAAGCAGCGCGAACGUGCAUUAUCAAUGAAAUUAUCGGAACUAUGGAAGCUCACGGCAUUGGGCUUGAUAGACGGCAUGUGAUGUUACUGGCUGAUGUUAUGACAUAUCGUGGUGAGGUACUUGGUAUCACAAGGAACGGCUUGGUGAAAAUGAAAGAGUCGGUCCUCCUGCUUGCGUUCGUUCGAGAAAACUAUGGACCAUCUGUUUGA